GAUGGCCACGGCGGGUUGGCUGCAUGGCUCCGCCAGUAUGCGGCUGACCGAGGGGUUAGUGUCAGUUUUGAAAGAAGAGCGACCCGAAUAUUUACCCUCACUUUUGGCAAAUUAUCGGGAGCAUGGCGUGAUCCCGACGCAGAAUAGUGCAGCGGUUGGUGGUCUCGUGGGGCUCAGCAACGCACGCCUUGGCUCAAGCAAAACCAGGUUUGAGGGUCUCUGCCUCCUCUCGGUGUUGGUGAAGGAUGGCUCCAGCGAGCUGUUCCAGCAGCAUUGCCUGUCAUGGUUACGCUCUGUACAGCAGGUUAUUCAGUCACAGGCCCCACUGCCCUCGGUUCAGCUGGCCGUCAUGGUGCUGCAGGAUCUACUGCAGUACUCCUCCCAGAUCCCAGAGCUGUCCAGGGAGAUCGGGCUGAACUGCAUCCUGGGAAUCCUGACCUCUUUGCUCAGUCUCAAGGCAGAGUCCCACCUGGUAGCUAUGGAGGGUAUGAUGGCGUGUAUGACCUACUACCCUCGUGCCUGUGGGUCUUUGAGGGAAAAACUGGGAGCCUAUUUCAUGUCUAAAAUGGAUUCUGACAAUCCUAAAGCGCAAGAGGUGGCGUGUGAAUGUUAUGGUCGCUUGCCUUGCCUGGGUGGCGUCCUGGAGAGAGGGGGAGGCGGGCGCAGAGCCGAGAGCUGGACCAAUCAGACUCACUGUCUCCUAGCUACAGCGAAUAGCAUUCUUGCGCAGCUCUACCAAGGAGCAGAGACUGAGGGAGUAGUGCAGUACGAAGGCCCAGGCCUGGAGUUGCCCUUUCCUCCACUCGAUGAAAUCGACCCCCUCCUGAUGCUCCAGCUCAGCCACCGAUACAGGGCUGUGUGCCUGGCUCUCAAUCGCACACUCAGUGUGGACUCUGGCUCUCCCGUCCGACUACCUGUUCAGCAUAUCCUUAACUUUGUGUGUCGGGCACUGGGCGUGAGCAGCAAGAGCAUUAACCUCACAGGCGAUGGCUGCCUGAAACUGCUGGUCUUGCCUUCUGUACAUAGUGACACUGUGGAUGUCCUGUCUACGCUUAUCAAAGUUGUUGGAGGGGGCCUGGCACAGUACAGCAGCGUGUUGACCAGACUGUUCUCUCAGUCGUUGUCGUCAUGGACUCCACCACCAGAGGCCAGUAUUGGCCAACAGAGGGCAUACAGUGCUGUGCGUGUGCGCCUCUACCGCACAUUAGAGCUGUGGGUACAAGUGGGAGGGGCCUCGGCGUGUGUUCUACAAGGAAGUCCCACCCACUCAGAGCUCAUUUUCACCCAUCUGAUGGGUGACCUCACACCCGGGGCAGAGGCCAUCAAGCUCAAGGUCGGGCCGUCAGUAGGAGCUGACAUGGUCGCCCCUGCAAAGGCUGGGCCUAGGCGGACGAAGGGUUUAGGCCUGGGAGACACUGGGACAAUGACCACACAGCGGAAGGGAGAUUCAUUGGCCAAUCAAGACACCUGCCUGUCUGCACUCAGAGUUCUGAGGCACAUUAUUCUCAACAGUGGGACUCUUUUGAAAGAUGAGCUGCAUAAGAGGCUGCAGGACAUAGUGGUCCCCCUGUGUGUGCGGCUGCAGCAGCAGCAGCAGCUCUGUGAUGUGGAGUUGAGUGGCCAGUAUGGCAGCCCUGCGCCGCGCCGUGAGCUCUACCGCCUCCUGCUGGCCCUGCUGCUGGUGCCGUGUCCGCGCUGGCCGCCGCCGCUCGCCUGCGCCGUGUCCUUAUUCAGCCACGGACGCCGCGACCGCAGCUUGAAGGUGUCCUCGUUCUGUGCGGAGGCUUUGACCAUAUGCAACUGCUUGCUCCACCCACGCGCCCCCUCCAUCUCCCUCCCGCUGCCCCCCCUCGCCCUCAAGCCUACCUCGGCCGCGCCGGUCCUCCCGUCCUCCCAGAACCCCGUCUUGUCCCUCCCCAACCUCCUGGCCGGCUCCGCUCCCGGGCCCCCGUUCCCGGCGCGCCACCCUCUCUCCCUGGGCCCGGCUACCCUGCUGGGCUCCCUGGAGAACCACCUGUCCCUCGCCGCUCCGGUGCUGCCUCCGCCGACCAUCCCCAGCAUCCCGGGCGAUCUGCUGUUGUCACCCUCGCAGCCGGCCGACCUGGCAGGCCUGGGAGCCCCCGAAGCCCAGCGCCACAUCUUCAUCCGCUACGACAAGGAGGAGCCCGAGGACGUGGAGAUCUCUCUGGAGAGCGACUCGGACGACAGCGUCGUGAUCGUGCCCCCGGGCAUGCUCGAGCAGAUGAGGCAAGACGGCACCGCGUCGAACGCCCCGACCAUGCCCACCAACUCUGGCCCGCCUGCCCAGGCCCCCACGGCUGGGCCGUGUCCCCCCACAGUCCCAACCGUGUCCGGGACGGAGGCUGUCAGCUCUGGAGAUACCCCGCUAGCCAGUGAGCUCCCCACCCCUGCAUCUCUCCCCCACCAGGUCUUGCCUGCCACCCCCAGCACGAGCAGCUCCUUCCCUGGUGGCCAGGCCAACCCGCUGGUGCCUCUGGUGCCUCCCCUGGGCUCGUCCACCCCCCUCGUGCCAGCGCCCCCUGUCAGUCUGGGCGAGUCGCUGCCCGGAGCUCAGCUACAGCAGAUGCUGAUGCAGCCGUCGCCGUCGCCGUCCCAGCUGGGCGUGUCGCUGGGGGUUCACAUGCACAACCACAUGAACCCGCUGGCCGUCAGGCAGCAACAGCAGAACCUGGCCAGCGAGGAAGAGCAGACGGUCAUCAACAUUAACAGCACAGACGAGGAAGACGAGGAGGACGAGGACGAGGAGAUCGAGGACGAAGAUGAGCUGGGAGAGGAGGAAGAGGAGGGACUAGAAGGCAGCGAUUUCCCGGAGGAGGAGGAGGAGGACGAGUACUUUGACGGCGACGAGUAUGGAGAGUACGACGAAGAGGAGGAGGAGGAAGGAGAAGAGAUUGAGGAGGAGGAGGAGGAAGAGGGGAUGGAUGACAUCCCGCCACUGGAGGGCGAGAGCGAGCAGGGCAUGAUGGACAGGGAGGAAGGAGAGGUGAUCAGACCCGAGGAAGAGCGGGGGAUGGAGUUGUUUAGCUUGGACAGAGACGGACUCCAAGGUGAAGGAGCGGACCGCGUAGGAGAGGAGAAGACGGUCGUCUGCGAGGAGGAGGAGGAGGAGGAGGAGGACGGAGGCAACGUCAAGGAAGGAGGAAGCUUGGAGGAGAAGGAGAAGAGAGGAGCGCCAGAGAGGGUGGAAGGCGUCCUGUCCUCGGAGAGAGCACCACAGAGCGAGCGGGAUGGGGGCCCGAUGAUGGGGCCUGAGAUGGAGGGGCCGGUCCAGGGUGACGGGAUCAGCAGACUGGAGCUGGACACUCCGGAGAUUGGGGUGUGGGAUCAGAAAGAAGCCCUACAGGAGGCGGUUUCGUCCCUGGAAGCAGGCGCCAUAGAGCAGAUCCCGGGGGUCGUGUCAGAGGUCAGAGACCUGGAAGGGCUACAGCAGCAACAACAGCAGCAGCAGCAGCAGCAGCAACAGCAGCAGCAGUCGUCUAGACCAGAACAGGAAGAGCUGGCCAGUUGUAGUGAUGUCGCAGCCCCUGGACAGGAACUGAGAUUGCAAGACCUGGAAGAAGCGCCCAAAAAGGAGGGUGCAGAGGGCGAGGGAAAGGAGGGAGAGGAGGAGGAGGGGGAGGAGUCGUCGAGAGGAACCAAGCGGAAGUUGGACGAUCUGGAGGAAGAGGUCGUGGAGCAGAGCGGAGAGAAGAAAAAGCUGGAUGACGAGGCCAUGGCGUCCAUGCUGGCGGAUUUUGUGGACUGCCCUCCCGACGACGAGGAGCACCGUUCCUCUCCAGCCAACUCUUAGGCUCGGCCGAACCAGGAUCUCAGCAGGACGCCAGAAUCAGGAUCGGAAAAAAGGUGUCUCGUCUACUGUCGUUUGUCUGUUCCAGUGUCAGUGGAAUAAAAAAAACGUCCUUCCUCUUCACCCAUCCAAAGUGAAAGUGCCGGAUGAAUCAGUGAUAUUUAUGAGAAGCGCUUGUUACAUCUACUGUCUGUUAUGGAGAUGAUGACACUAUCAUGUACAUUGAUGAUGGGGAGGAAGGGGGCGGCGGGGGG